AUGGAUUUCUCCAGUCUGAAAGACCAGGUUAGCAACCUGACCUUGUAUGAUAUCAAGGCGGGAGUCCGCAAGGUGCAGAAUGCUGUCAUGAAUUACACCGAGAUGGAGUCCAAGGUCCGGGAAGCUACGAACAAUGAACCAUGGGGCGCGUCGACCACGCUGAUGCAGGAGAUUGCCAAUGGAACUCAUAGCUAUCAGCUGCUGAACGAGAUUAUGCCGAUGAUUUACAAGCGAUUUACAGACAAGAGCGCGGAGGAGUGGCGUCAGAUCUACAAGGGUCUGCAGCUGCUGGAGUUCCUGAUUAAGAAUGGCUCCGAGCGAGUCGUCGACGACGCCCGGUCCCACAUGUCCCUGCUCCGCAUGCUCCGCCAGUUCCACUUUAUCGACCAGAACGGGAAGGACCAGGGUGUCAACGUGCGCAACCGGUCAUCGGAGCUGGUGAAACUACUCGGCGACGUUGAUCUUAUUCGCACUGAGAGGAAGAAGGCACGGGCCAAUCGGAACAAGUUCGGUGGCUUCGAGGGUGGCAUGGGGACCGGUGGCAUGGGCGGAAUGGGCGGCGGCCUUUCCGGCUCGGGUUCGAGCGGCCGGUAUGGCGGCUUCGGGAGCGAGAGUCUGGCCUUUGGUGGAUAUAGCGGUGGUGUCUAUGGUGAUGGCGGCGGUUUCGGCGGUGCCUCGAGCGAGUUCCAGGACUCCGAACGGAGGGGGAACCGAUUCGACGAAUACGACGAGUAUGAUGAGGGUGAUGCUAGCCCAGCACGGCGCCGCGGACCCAGCCCCCCUCGUGCGAAACCAGAAACGAAGAAGCCCGAGCCCCCCAAAAAGGCACCCGAGAUGGAUCUGUUCGAUUUUGGCGAGGAGGAGACCCCUGUGGCUACCACCUCGACGGCCGCUGGCAAGAAGCCCGCCGGCAGCAGUGGUCUCGAUAUCCUGGAGUCCAAACCGCUCGACGACGACGAUGACUUUGACGAUUUCCAAUCCGCGACGCCGGCGCCGCAGCCCACCGCGAACCAGUUCGCUAUUCCUGCACCCGCAUCCACGGUCAGCACGACCUCGAGCACCCAGUUUGCUGCGCCUCAGCCUGUCUCUGGCGUGCAGGCGCCGAACCUGAACGGUCUGGUUGGAUUCUCGUCGGUGAGCCCGACGCCGAUCUCGAGCACUGUCGUAUCCCCUGCCCUGUCGCAGAGCUCCAUGGUGCCACAGCAGCAGAACCCCGCACAGCCCAAACCGUCUGGUUUCCAGGCGGCCACCCCCAAUUACUUCACCUCAGUCUCAACUGCAGCACAGCAGCCAGCUACCACUACUUCCAACCAUCGACCAGGCAUGCCUUCGACUUCCUCUUUCACCUCUGCGCGCAGCGCCUCAUCGACUGGAACCAAGCCCGCGGCAGGCAAAUCGUCUGGUGACGCAUUCGGAUCGCUCUGGUCGACCGCCAGCGCCAGCGCAGGUAUCCAGAAGACGUCCAUCAAUGCAAACAAGGGCCCCAACCUGGCCAGUAUGGCCAAGGAGAAAGCUAGCGCGGGGAUCUGGGGUGCACCAGCACCGUCCGGCGGGUUUACACCUUCCAUGAGCUCGUCGACAUCCCAGCAAUCGGGGGCAAAGACCGGCAGCUCGGGGCUGGACGAUCUGCUGGGCUAG